GUGGCCACCGCAGCCGCAGCGGGCGGGAGGCGCGGGCGGUGUCGGGGCGCAGCUGGCCGCAGGGUGACCCGGGGCCGGGACAGAGGCCAUGGCCGUGGCCCAGCUGAGAGCGGAGAGCGACUUUGAGCAGCUUCCGGACGACGUGCCCACAUCCGCCAACAUCGCCGACAUCGAGGAGAAGAGAGGCUUCAGCAGCCACUUCGUCUUCGUCAUUGAGGUGAAGACGAAAGGCGGCGCCAAGUACCUCAUCUACCGCCGCUACCGCCAGUUCCACGCCCUGCAGAGCAAGCUGGAGGGGCGCUUCGGGCCCGAGAACAAGACGAACCCCUUCUCCUGUCCGCUGCCCGUCCUGCCAGCCAAGGUCUACGUGGGGGUGAAGCAGGAGAUCGCCGAGGCCCGGAUCGCCCCCCUCAACGCCUACAUGAAGGAGCUCCUGAGCCUGCCCGUGUGGGUGCUCAUGGACGAGGACGUGCGUCUCUUCUUCCACCAGUCGCCCUACGACUCGGAGCAGGUGCCCCAGGCCCUGCGCCGCCUCCGCCCACACACCCGGAAAAUCAAGAGUGACCGCCCGCCAAGCGCAAGCCUGGAUCGCUUUGCCGCUCCCCGAGCAGAGGCCCUGUUUGACUUCACGGGGAACAGCAAGCUGGAGCUGAAUUUCAAAGCUGGCGAAGUCAUCUUCCUCCUCAGCCGCAUCAAUAAAGAGUGGCUGGAGGGCACCAUUCGGGGAACCACCGGCAUCUUCCCUGCGUCCUUUGUGAAAAUCCUCAAGGACUUCCCGGAGGAGGAGGACCCCACCAACUGGCUGCGCUGCUACUACUACGAGAACAGCGUCAGCACCACCAUCAAGGACAUCGCCAUCGAGGAGGACCUCAGCAGCACGCCCCCCUACAAGGACCUGCUGGAGCUGAUGCGGCGGGAGUUCCAGCGGGACGACAUCGCCCUCAACUACCGCGACGCCGAGGGGGACCUGGUCCGCCUGCUGUCGGACGAGGACGUGGGGCUCAUGGUGCGGCGGGCGCGGGGGCUGCCCACCCAGAAGCGCCUCUUCCCCUGGAAGCUGCACGUCACCCAGGAGGACGACUACCGGGUCUACAACACAGCGCCCUGAGCCCGCGUCCUGAGCGCAAGAGCCUGACGAGAGCCGGGGAGGGGGUGGGUGGGAC